CCUCACCCUGUUCUUUCUUCUUCUUCCAUAAAUAAUUUACUAAACAAUUAAAUCAUUAUAUCUCUCGAUCUGUUUUCACUCUAAUGGAAGGAGGCCAGCCAAAACUCAACAAACCAUGUAUUCUUCUUAUAGUGAUCGCGGGAAUGGAGCGGUUCGCGUUCAAGGGGGUGGCUGCGAAUUUGGUGACGUAUUUGACCGAGGUGAUGAAGAUGAAGAAUUCGUCGGCGGCAAAGAUGGUUAACAAUUGGUGCGGGUUCACGUCCAUGCUUCCACUCGUGGUCGCUUCCCUAGCUGAUUCUUAUUGGGACAAAUACACCACCAUCCUCGUUUCUUCUUUCCUCUAUUUACUGGGGCUGGUGGCAUUAACAUCAACGGCAAUGGAAUGGCCAUGGAUUCCGACAAGCAAAACCGGCGCCGCCUCUUGUUUAUCUUGGUCGCUUUACAUGAUCUCUUUAGGUCAAGGCGGUUAUAAUCCUUCAUUGCAAGCCUUUGCAGCCGAUCAACUCGAUCAUCAUGAUCAAUUACCAUCCGAUAAUAAUAAAAUUCUUAACAAUAAUAAUGAAAACAAAAAGAAGAGUCUUUUCUUCCAUUGGUGGUAUUUCGGCAUCUGCACCGGCUGCCUCCUUGGAAUCUCGUUCCUCGCCUACAUCCAGGACAAUAUCGGCUGGGGACUCGGCUUCGCCAUCCCCACCGCUGCCAUGCUCCUAUCUAUUGCCUUCUUCACUUCAGGGUCCCGUUUCUACACCUACAACAAACAGACGGAGACAGCAAAAUUUACCAAGUCAUUGGAAUACAUGGUGGCUGCUUUCAGAUCAACCGCUGCCAAGCUCAUCCGCCUCCAAAACAAAGAUGCCCUCGUUGGAACUCAUGAGAUUGAGCUUGAAGAGAAAAAGUCAUUGUGCCUGGAAGGAGACAUAGAGGGAUUAGGAGAGAUCCCCGAUAUGAAUCCUAUAGACAUUUUAAAAGCGGCCUGGCGACUGUUUCCAAUAUGGGUAUUACUGUUGACAUUCGCCGUGAUAUUUCAACAGCCGCUGACGUUCUUCACAAAACAAGGGAUGACGAUGAAGAGGAACAUUAUGGGCGGAUUCAAAGUACCUCCAGCAGCACUUCAAAGCGCGAUAACCAUAUCGAUAAUCAUCUUAAUGCCAUUAUACGACGCAGUAUUCGUCCCGUUCAUGCGAAGAAUGACGAGAAACGAGAAAGGGAUAACUGUGAUGCAGAGGAUGGGAGUGGGGAUGUUUCUUUCUGUGGUGGCGAUGGCGAUAGCGGCGGUGGUUGAAGAAAAGAGGCUGAGAACGGCGAGGAAAUCGGAGAUGAGCAUAUUCUGGUUGUUGCCACAGUAUAUAAUUCUGGGUAUAUCGGAUAUAUUCACGGUGGUGGGAAUGCAGGAAUUCUUUUACGGUGAAGUGCCGGCGAGGAUGAAGACGAUGGGAAUUGCUCUGUGUACGAGUGUUUUUGGAGUGGGGAAUUUCAUGAGUGCUUUUCUGAUAACGGCGGUGGAGAAAUUCACCGGCGGCGGUGGAGAGAAAGAAAACUGGUUUUCCGAUAACAUGGAUGAAGCCCGACUUGAUAAAUACUAUUGGCUUUUGGCCAUGGCCAGUGCUUUUACCUUUCUUCUAUUCAUCAUCUUCUGCAAAUUUUACACAACUAGGACCUGAGAUCCGACCCGACCCGACCCGGAUCCGACAGGACCCAUCAAAACUAUCAACUCCUUGUUCACACUAUAGAAAAAUCUGUAAAUACUAAAUAGUAAGCCAUGGCUAUUUUUUAGGUAAUUUUUAAGUGUUUUUUUUUUAUGGUUUUGAACUAUUUAAAAACAUUCUGCUUUUUUUUUUUUUUUUUUGAGGAAAAAAAUGGUAAUAAGAGUUUUUAC